UGUAUGUGUAUAUUAAAUUGCCCUUUGGCUUUAUGGCUACGAAUUUUGAACCCAUUUAUGGACUCUCAGAGGAUGAAAAUGAAUCUCGUAUUCUUCGUGUCAAGGUCAUUGCUGGCAUUGAUCUGGCGAAGAAGGACAUCAUUGGUGCCAGUGAUCCAUACGUCAAGCUCUCCCUAUAUGUCGCUGACGAAAACCGUGAGCUUGCCUUAGUACAAACGAAAACCAUCAAAAAGAUUCUCAAUCCCAAAUGGAAUGAGGAAUUCUAUUUCAGAGUCUGCCCACAGAACCACAGGCUUCUUUUUGAGGUGUUUGAUGAAAACCGCCUGACCAGAGAUGACUUCCUCGGGCAGGUUGACGUGCCUCUUACCCAUUUACCGACAGAGGACCCUGCAAUGGAGCGGCCGUACACGUUUAAAGACUUUCUCCUGCGUCCAAGAAGUCAUAAGUCUCGGGUGAAAGGCUGCCUGAGGCUGAAGAUGGCCUACCUGCCAAAAGACGGAGGGCAUGAGGAGGAAAGCAGCGAGAUGAGGGAAGAAGCUGAGGGCUGUGAGGUGACAGACUCCACGGAUCCAGGUUCACAGAGACCUCAGCAGCUCCUGCCUCCGCUGCCUCCUGGCUGGGAAGAGAAGGUCGAUAACCUGGGACGGACAUACUAUGUCAACCACAACAACCGCACCACACAGUGGAAGAGACCCAGUAGUGUGGAUGUGGUUUCAGAAACGGAAAAUGAUAAUCACUUACGGCAUAUUAACCAGGAAGCCCACAGAGUUUUCCGCUCUCGACGGCACAUUAGCGAAGACCUGGAAAAUGAGCAGCUGGACAUCAGGGACAUAGACGACUCAUGGGAACCCAUAUCAGAGGAGGACCCAACUUUAAUGGCGGACGGUCUAAACCAUUCUCUGACCGGACCCUCCUCUCUGGCGAUGCCCCUCUCCAGCACUCCAGAAUUCUCAGAUGAAAUCAGCCUUAGAUUGUCUCUCACUCCAGACAUGAACGGAGAAAUCCCAGGACCCAGCUCUGCUGUGCAGAGUCAUCUUUCCUCUCGGCUACGCUCCUCUAGUAUGACUGAUGGAGUCAGUGAUCAAGCUCAACCUCCCACACCGACGAGCUCCCAGCCCAGACGAACAAGAGCACAAACGGUCACAGGCAUUGAGGACACCAUGUUUCCAUCGGCCUCCUACGCCUUGACCACACCAGGCCUUCCGCCAGGCUGGGAGGAACGCAAAGACCCCAAGGGACGAACAUACUUCGUCAACCACAACAACCGUAGCACCACCUGGACUCGGCCCAUUCUGCAGCAGCACACUGAAGAUGGAGCCAGUACCUCAGCUGCGGCAGCAGGGGGCGCUACAGCAGCCAUAACCCCCGCUUCCACCCCUUCCUCCUCCAGAGGCCAUCUAAGCGAACCACAAGUGUGCAGACCCCGUAGCCUCAGUUCCCCCACCGUCACUCUCUCUUCCCCACUAGAGGGAGCCAAUAACGCCCAGAUACGGCGAGCAGUAAAGGACACAUUUUCCAACCCUCAGUCCCCGCAGCCCUCUCCCUACAGCUCACCCAAAUCCCAACAUAAAGCAAACCAGAGCUUCCUGCUCCCUGGAUGGGAAAUGAGAAUAGCACCCAAUGGACGGCCGUUCUUCAUCGACCACAACAGCAGAAGCACCACAUGGGAAGAUCCUCGCUUAAAGUAUCCCGUUCACAUGAGGACAAAAGCAUCCCUGGACCCUGGCGACCUCGGCCCACUUCCUCCUGGGUGGGAGGAACGAGUGCACGCAGACGGGAGAACCUUUUACAUCGACCAUAACACCAAAAAAACGCAGUGGGAAGACCCUCGCCUCCAGAGUCCCGCCAUAACUGGACCUGCAGUGCCGUAUUCCAGAGAAUUCAAGCAGAAGUAUGACUACUUCAGAAAGAAGUUAAAGAAACCGGCAGAUAUUCCGAACCGUUUUGAGAUGAAGCUGCACAGGAAUAACAUCUUGGAGGAGUCGUACAGACGAAUCAUGUCCAUGAAGAGACCCGACAGUCUGAAGGCCCGUCUGUGGAUCGAGUUUGAAUCGGAGAAAGGCCUGGACUAUGGGGGCGUAGCCAGAGAAUGGUUCUUCCUGCUCUCCAAGGAGAUGUUUAACCCUUAUUAUGGGCUGUUUGAGUACUCGGCCACAGAUAACUACACCCUUCAGAUCAAUCCAAACUCUGGCCUCUGUAAUGAGGAUCACCUCUCAUACUUCAAGUUCAUCGGUCGGGUGGCUGGCAUGGCUGUGUAUCACGGAAAGCUGUUAGACGGUUUCUUCAUCAGACCGUUCUAUAAAAUGAUGCUGGUCAAACAGAUCACACUGAAUGAUAUGGAGUCAGUGGACAGUGAAUACUACAACUCUCUCAAGUGGAUUCUGGAAAACGACCCCACAGAACUGGACUUGCGGUUCUGCAUUGAUGAGGACAACUUUGGACAGACAUAUCAGGUGGAUUUAAAGCCAAGCGGAUCAGACAUGGUUGUAACCAAUGACAACAAAAAAGAAUACAUAGACCUGGUGAUUCAGUGGCGGUUUGUGAACCGGGUCCAGAAACAGAUGAACGCCUUUUUGGAGGGCUUCACCGAACUCAUUCCCAUUGACUUGAUAAAGAUUUUUGAUGAAAAUGAACUGGAGGCCGUGUUGUUAAUGGAUGCUGAAAAGCGGAUCAGACUUUUGCAGUUUGUCACUGGAACAUCCAGAGUGCCAAUGAACGGCUUUGCUGAACUCUACGGUUCCAAUGGGCCGCAGUUGUUUACUAUCGAGCAGUGGGGGACACCUGACAAACUCCCUCGUGCUCAUACCUGCUUUAAUCGUCUGGACCUCCCGACGUACGAGUCGUUUGAAGACCUGCGAGAGAAGCUUCUGAUGGCGGUGGAAAACGCUCAAGGCUUCGAGGGCGUCGACUAAAGAAAUCCCUCCCUUUAUAUCCACGCGAUCUCCUAACGCAACCGACGAGCAAAGACAUGUACAACACUCACACACACACACACACACGUCUAUACUUACAUAUACACACACUCGAGUUGCCAUUGUACAGCCAGAUCCCAGCGGUUGCAGGUGUGUGAUGUCAGCACAGUAUAUGCAUGUAAUCUGUCUAGCUGGAACGGCAUUGGCUGUGAACCCGUUUUAACGCCAAACCGUUUUAACGAUAAACUGGCGUUAUCUGCAGUAUCCCACAAAUCAUGCGGUCUCCUAACACGUUUUAUUUUCAAAUCCAGCUCUGAGGUCGUGGUAACUUUUAUAUUGAUGGUAAAUAAGAAAUAUCAGUAUUUGGGUGUGGCCUCAGAGUGGGCGUGGCCUUGAUACAGCAUUAAAAAAAAUCCCAUUUCCGUAUUAAUUUCACAAACAUAAGAUAAGUUCAGUGAAGAGGCAACAAUUAACUGUCUUAUCAGGUCUUACUAACACCAGAUAACCUUAGGAAUCACAGCCAGGAUGAAUCCUCAUCCUCCCUUAUCCCGCAAAGUACGCCAAUUUUUCCCUUCCUUCCUUACUUCGUCGAAGAUUUUUUUUUAUCUUCUUUUGCAACGCCAAGAAGCAACGGGAAUUGUUUUUUAUAGUUUAUUAUUAUCGCUGUUAUUAUGAUACUGUUAUCAUUCUUACCGAGUAAACGGAUAUUUGUACUAACAAUGUGGUUUACUAUUUUAAACAGCGUUAUCGGAAAUGCAUCAGUGGCCUGGCUAUAUUCAAUUCAAUAUCCAUAUAAUUGUGGGUAAAAAAAAAAGUGAAAAAAAAUUAAAAACGAACAAAAAAAU